AUGCAGUGUUCUCCCGUAGGAAGACCGCAUCUUCACAGAACGGCGACCAUUCACAUCAUUAUCUUCACACACUUCAACCUGCAGCUCUCCACGAGAACCAGCACGAGAAGAAAUAUCCCGAGUUUUCCCACUCAUCGCAUACACCAAGGAGGUAUCACCAUUUCUACCAUCCCACCGCAUAUAUGUGCAAGCAAGACGGGAAGUGGCUGUGUCCCCGGAUUUUCACAAUAUACCUUGUGUGUGGUUAAUGGACUUUCCGAUAACCCAUUCCAGAAUUCUGGUUAUCUUGGGAAUAUCUCCAUCAAGAAAGUUGUCGUAGACCCUUAUGAUCAUCAGUUUGAGGAUUUCAAUACGGAUUAG